AUGGCUAGCAUGGCAAGUUCGCCGUAUUUUACUUCUAUGCACCACAAGGACAUUUACGGUUACUACCGAGCAUUGCAGUCAUUUUUUGAAGUCACAGAAGCCAAACACGACCGCUCUAAUUCCCCGAGGGCGCAAAAGGCAAGAGCCAAACUUUUAAAGCUCUCUGCAUCUCAGUUUUACGAAUUAAGCACUGAUGUAUACGAUGAGUUACAAAGAAGGAUAAAUGAGGAUCAAAGCCAGCCAGAAUAUUUACUGCCAAAGGCUAGUUUUCAUAUAAAGAGAAAUCAAGCGAGACAGAAGUUGGCCAAUUUAUCUCAGACCAGAUUCAACGAUCUUGUAGAUGACAUACUCUAUGAAAUAAAGAGAAGAGGCUACGAUUCUUACAAAGUACAGAGCGAAGAGCAGGCAGCACAUAUACAAACUGGCAAUGGAAUUUCCAAAGAUGCAUCAAAAACUGCCGUGUCGGCAACAGCGACCAUCCAGACAUCUCAAGUGAUCCCCAAAAAGGCAUCCAUUGAUUGGUCUUCUGAUGAGGAAGAAGGCGAUAAGCACAUUAAACUGAACACUGAUAUAACCGAUACAAGCACAACGGAUACGAAAAGCCCAUUCAGCGAAGGGUUCAAAUCAUAUGCUAUUGCGAGUGAUGAAAUAAAGGGAUCAAACUCCAGUUUUCAUAGUGGCUCCUCACAAAUCGCUACUCCUGUAACCAAGACAGUCUCAGAUAAUUAUCAACUUCUCAGCUUUAAUGGAACACCUCAAAGGGAGGGAAAGAAUAAAAUUGAAAGUGAUAUCGAUUGUGAAGAUGACCACUCAAAGAUGCCAAAGCAGUCAAAUUCAGAUACCCCAGCAAACCAUGAUACUGCAGGAAAUCGUGAUACCACAACAACCCGUGAUACCUCAGGAAAAAUAACAGGUGGCAAUAUUCCUACUAUACCACAAAAAACAGUGGUUGCAACAUAUGGGACUACUUCGACGGAUAAAGAUUUAACGGCAAAGCUGGAAGCUCUCAACAGUAAACUCGAGGAAAGAGAGAGAGAAAUCACUGAAUUGAAAAACGAAGCGCUUGCUGGAAAUGGUGACUCAAACAAAACUGAAUCAAAUGUUUCAUAUCAGAGAGAAUUAAGCUCAUUAAGCUCUCAAGUCAGUACUCUUUCAAUUGAAAAUGAGAAGUUAAAGCAACAGUUAUCUGAGAUUGAAUUCAGGUCCAGACAUUCUAGCUGUGCUAAAACAGAAGGCAUUGCGUCAGUUGGAGCUUUGCAUCUCUUGGACGGCAUCCGAGAAAAGUAUCCAUUGGAUGAGAAAUCAAUAUCAAAAUAUAUUUCAGAUGAAGGCUCAGUCCCGUUAGAUUCUGUGGUUAAAAUCAAUAGUUUGAUCAUCGUUCUAUAUGCCACCUUACAAUAUGAAAAAGAAAAUAUUGGAAAGGAAUUAUUUGAAAAUAUUUCGAAGUUGUCGGAUUCAAUCUCGCAGUUAUUGGUAUUCGUGAAUACACCAGAGUUCAAAGAAGACGUUGUUCUUUUGAAAGCGUCCUUAUCUCAUACAAUCACAGCCGUCAGAUAUUACUCUGUUUUUACAGCUUUGCUUCCAAAGGUUACAGUACAGGCUGCUAUUGCUGAAUUAGCUUUCUCAAUAUGUAAUCUUCUAGGAUCAUGCAAGAUCAAACACCGGAACAAUGACGAGAAAAGUGCAAAGACAAAAAAAGAUGAUGAAAAAUUGCUACAACCUUUACCACAGUCUCCUGCGAUAAAAAAUAACAAGAAUCUCACACCGGAAGAGGUGCCAACCAUCCCCGCAGAUCAUGUCGAUGAAAUGUCACCCGUGAGACCCCUGAAAAUCACCCAAAGGGCUAAUAUGAGUCCAUCAUCUACUCCACCAUCUUCUCGCAAACCCUCUGGUAAUUUGCUUUUCUCUAUGAUAGAUCGAAAAUCACCAUUGUCAUCAGCCCAUUCCAGCAAAAUAAACUUUAAGCUUCCAAUUCCUACAACCAAAGGAGAGCCAGAUAAAUCAAGAAUUCAAACCGGCAGCAGUAAAGGAUUGCCGAAUAAAGAAGCUUCAAACAAUCUCCAUUUCGAUCCGAACACCCCAGAUAAAGCUGAGAAUGGGAAAAGCUUCGCUAUCGAACAUCCAACCGAUUCAUCAGUCAGCGCACUGCCUGAUCAAGUUGACGGCCCAGUAGACUCAUCAAAGGACACCCCAAUUGACACCCCGUCUAAAGUACAAGAAAAAAACAGCAAAACAUCACUAAGCUCUUUGAGCGCUCCCUCGACAGCGGUGGCAGAUACAAAAUCCGAAUCUCUAAAGGCGCUUUCAAACAACCAACCAAAUUCACCUCCAACCGAAAGUCACGAAGAAUCGACUCCCGCUCUGCCCGGAAGAAGCUUCACUGAGAAGUUGAACUCGUUCACAAAUAGUGCCGGUAUUGGCUUAAGAGUGGACAAAGGAUUGCAUAAUACUAAUAAGACGAUGAAUGCUACUGAGCCAACAACGAAGCCUUUGGGGAAUACGCUUGGAAAAGAAAACACUUAUAACAGAUUAGGACAAAACAAAGCUCCUCCAUUGAUUACUGUAACAAAAAAUACGUCACCUUCCAAAUUAACCGACAAGUUGAGACAAACCUUUCAACAUAUGAGCAACGACGAGAGUGAUGAAGACAAUGAUGGUAGCAGUAACAAUGACUCAUCGGAUGAUGAUAACGAAGCAUAUAUGCAGCUUAAGAAAUCAUUAAAAAAGGAUAAUCCCAUAGUAGAAUCGCGUGAUAUCACGAAGACAACUGAAUUUCCUCCCGUAGAUAAGCCAAGUGUUCAUUUUAGUGGAAAGCGUAAAUCCUCAUCGGAGACAACUGCAGAUGAUCUGAAUUCAAGACCGUAUUCUGCUAGUGAGAAGGAGAAAUUAACAAAUGAAGUAACUUCAGAUGAUCUAAACUCACAACCGAAUUUUGUUAGUGAGAAGGUCAAGGAUGUCAUUACUUCACCCAUAAAACCAGCAAAAGAGAAGGAUUUAGCUGGAGAUAAGGCAAACGCUUCAUCACUGCAACAAUUUGAAGAUGACAUAAAAAAAAAGAAUCAAAAUCAAGUGAACUACUCAGAUGAUUAUUCGGACUAUCAGUUUGUGCCACUGAAACAGGAAGCAAGCGAAGAGAUGCCUCCAGAUAUAGCGAACCGAAAACGGAAUGAGCUUAAUGAGCCACUUGCAGUAUAUUCUCAAGCAGGCGGCGAUGCUGAGGAAAAUUCCGAGGAAAAUGGUGAUGCCGAUGUUGAUUUUGAUUUCGAUAGAUUUGACAUAGAAAAUCCGGAUAAUACUUUAUCAGAGCUUCUCUUAUAUCUGGAGCAUCAAACUGUAGAGGUUAUAUCCACCAUCCAAUCUUUAUUGAGCUCCAUCAAAGAGCCACAUGCAACAAAAGGGGACUUAAGGGUCGAAUCAAAUGCUAUAAAUCAAGUCGUAUGUCAAAUGGUCGGAGCAACGAGUGUUUCUAUGAACCAAAGCCGUAACGCCAGCUUAAAAGAACAUGGAAACUGGGUUGUAAAAAGCUUAGAAGACUGCUCUCUGAGAAUGUUGAGAUUGUGCCAACUGAACCAUGCUGGAAGCAUGUCCCCGAUUAAAGGUGAUGAAGAUUAUGCGGAUAAAAAUUUCAAACAGAGAUUAGCAGGUAUAGCUUUUGAUGUUGCCAAAUGUACCAAAGAGUUGGUGAAGACCGUCGAAGAAGCAAGUUUAAAGGAGGAGAUUGCUUUCUUGAAUUCACGGUUGAAUUAG